UUCUUCUUUGUUUCAGCAGAUGUUGUUCUGCAGGAGGUUCUAGAGGAACAUAAGAUCAGUCUGAGGUGGAGAUGUGAAUGUGUGACUGAAGGAAGUGAUGUAACAGGAAGUGAUGUAACAGGAAGCAGAACCCUCCUCAACAGGAUCUACACUGAUCUCUACAUCACAGAGGGUCAGAGUGAAGAGGUUAAUACCCAGCAUGAGGUGAAGCAGCUGGAGAGAGCUUCCAGGAUCCAGAAGCAUCAUGACUCUGCAAUUAGGUGCCAUGACAUCUUUAAAGUCUUCCCUGACCAAGAUGGAGUCAUCAGAGUGGUUCUGACCUGCGGCGUCGCUGGUGUUGGAAAAACCUUCUCAGUGCAGAAGUUCACUCUGGAUUGGGCCGACGGCUCGGAGAACCAAGAUGUCAGUGUGGUGGUUCUGCUUUCGUUCAGGGAGCUGAACCUGAUCAGAGAUGAGCACCACAGUCUUCUCUCGCUUCUCCAUGUUUUCCACCCAACACUCCAGAAGCUCCCAGCAGAGCAGCUGGCUAAAUGCAAACUGCUCUUCAUCUUUGAUGGCCUGGAUGAAAGCAGACUUUCACUGGACUUCAACAACAGUCAGCUGGUUUCUGACGUCACACAGAAGUCAUCAGUCAAUGUUCUGCUGACAAACCUCAUCAAGGGGAACCUGCUUCCCUCGGCUCUCAUCUGGAUAACUACCAGACCUGCAGCGGCCAAUCAGAUCCCUCCUUCAUGUGUUUCCAGGGUAACAGAAGUACGAGGCUUCACCGACGCCCAGAAGGAGGAGUACUUCAGGAAGAGGUUCAGUGAUGAAGAGCUGUCCAGCAGAAUCAUCUCCCACAUCAAGAUCUCCAGGAGCCUCCACAUCAUGUGUGGAAUCCCAGUUUUCUGCUGGAUCACUGCUAUGGUUCUGGAGAAAAUGUUGACCUCAGAGCAGAGAGGAGAGCUGCCCAAGACCAUGACUGACAUGUACUCACACUUCCUGCUGGUACAGACAAAAAGGAAGAAGAACAAGUACCAUGGAGGACAUGAGACAAGUCCACAGGAGCUGAUGAAGGCUGACAGGAAAGUUCUUCUGAAGCUGGGGAGGCUGGCGUUGGAACAUCUGGAGAAAGGAAACAUCAUGUUCUACCAAGAAGACCUGGAGCAGUGUGGUCUGGAUGUCACAGAGGCCUCAGUGUACUCAGGAGUUUGUACAGAGAUCUUCAAAAGAGAGAGUGUGAUCUUCCAGAAAUCAGUCUACUGCUUUGUUCAUCUGAGCAUCCAGGAGUUUCUGGCUGCCGUCUACAUGCUCCACUGCUUCACCAGCAGGAGGUCAGAGGUCAUCAAGACGUUCCUGGGAGAAGAAUACAAUGAAACAUCUCUAGAUGAGUUCAUGAAGAAAGUCAUGGAGAAAUCCCUCAGCAGUAAAAAUGGCCACCUGGACCUGUUUGUCCGCUUCCUUCAUGGUCUCACUGUGGAGUCCAACCAGAGACUCUUAGAAGAUCUGCUGGGUCAGACAGAGAACCGUCCAGAAACCAUCCAGAGAAUCAUCACCAACCUGAAGGAGAUGAACACUGAUAGAAUCUCUGCUGACAGAAGCAUCAACAUCUUCUACUGUCUGGUGGAGAUGAACGACGUCUCAUUUUAUCAGGAGAUCCAACGGCUGCUGGAUUCAGGGAAGGAGCUCUCAGUGACUGACUGUUCAGCUCUGGCCUUCAUGCUGCAGAUGUCAGAGGUUCUGGAUGAGUUGGACCUGGAGAAGUACAACACAUCACCAGGUGGACGACUGAGACUGGUUCCAGCUGUGAGGAACUGCAGAAAGGCUCGGUGAGUCCAGAUGUUUUCAUUGUGUGAAUGCUGAUUCAGCACUAUUGUCCUCCUGUUUCUUCUUCUUUCUUCAAGUUGAUUCUGGAUGUUUUUGGCCUUUAACUACUUCCUUCAUCCUCUGGAUGAUUUCAGCCAUUCAAACAUCUAAACAUUCAGUUCAUCCAGGACAGCUGCAGCUUCUGGUUUUUAGACAUUUUGAUCUUUUAAAAAUAUUUAACUUUUUAUCAGUUUUCAGGUUGAAAUGAAUAGAAAACCCUGAACUCUAGAAAAUGUCUAUUUCCUCUAAGAUCCAAUCAGCCAGAGAGACUUUUUAAACUUUAAACUCUCUUCACUCAUUGAGCUGCUGCUCCAUAAUUCACCUUUUAGGAUCUUUGACUGUUUUUAUAAAAUAAUUGUUGAGGUUUGAUGGAAAUUUGGACCAUUAAAAUAAACCAUUGCAUUAAUUAUAAACUUUGUGAACAGUGUUGAUCUUCUUCAUCCCGUCAUCAUCCUCUCCUCUUCC